AUGGGAAAGUCAAAAGAAAUCUGCCAAGAUAUCAGGAAGAGAAUUGUGGACUUGCACAAGUCUGGUUCAUCCUUGGGUACAAUUUCCAGAUGCCUGAAGGUGCCUCGUUCAUCUGUACAAACAAUUAUACGCAAGUACAAACAAGAUGGGAAUGUCCAGCCAUCAUACCGCUCAGGAAGGAGACGGGUUCUGUGUCCCAGAGAUGAACGUGCUUUGGUCCGAAAUGUGCACAUCAACCCAAGAACAACAGCAAAAGACCUUGUGAAGAUGCUGGCUGAAGCUGGUAAGAGUGUGUCAUUAUCCACAGUGAAACGAGUACUGUAUCGACAUGGGCUGAAAGGCCACUCUGCCAGGAAGAAGCCAUUACUCCAAAAGAAACAUAAAAAAGCCAGAUUAAUGUUUGCAAAUGCACACAGGGACAAAGACUUUAAUUUUUGGAGACAUGUCCUGUGGUCUGACGAAACUAAAGUUGAACUGUUUGGCCAUAAUGACCAUCGUUACGUUUGGAGGAAAAAGGGGGAAGCUUGCAAGCCUGAGAACACCAUCCCAACUGUGAAACAUGGGGGUGGCAGCAUCAUGUUGUGGGGUUGUUUUGCUGCAGGAGGGACUGGUGCACUUCACAAAAUAGAUGGCAUCAUGAGGAAAGAACAUUAUGUGGAAAUACUGAAGCAACAUCUCAAGACAUCAGCCAGGAAGUUAAAGCUUGGGCGCAAAUGGGUCUUCCAAAUGGACAAUGACCCGAAGCCUACUGCCAAACUGGUUACAAAGUGGCUUAAGGAUAACAAAGUCAAUGUUUUGGAGUGGCCAUCACAAAGCCCUGAUCUCAAUCCUAUAGAAAAUUUAUGGGCAAAGCUGAAAAGGCAGGUGCGAGUAAGGCGGCCUACAAACAUGGCUCAGUUACACCAGUUCUGUCUGGAGGAAUGGGCCAAAAUUCCUGCCAACUAUUGUGAGAAGCUUGUGGAAGGAUAUCCUAAACAUAUCAAUGAAUGUAAGCAGGGUGAUCAAGGACCAUGUGGUUACCAUAGCAACUGCACCAACACCCCAGGCUCAUUCAUGUGUCGCUGUAUCCGUGGUUAUCUGAUGGUUCAUGGAGGUUGCCAAGAUAUAGAUGAGUGUGCAUUAGCUGCAGUUACUGGUUUGAAGGCAUGUGGCAAAAGGGCCGAGUGUAAAAACAGCCCUGGUUCCUUCUCCUGCCAUUGUCCCACUGGAUUUGUCCUUGCACUUGAUGGACAUAACUGCGUUGAUGUUGAUGAGUGUAGUUAUGAAGAGAACUGCAAGAGGGAGCAUGGGAAUGUGUGUGUAAACACAGAAGGCAGCUACAAAUGUGUGUGUCAGACUGGCUUCAGAGAGGACAAGGCAGCCUGUGUAGAUGUGGAUGAAUGUAUUGAGCAGGAAGGUGUGUGUAUUAAUAAAGGGGAGUGUGAGAACACACUAGGAAGCUACAAGUGUGUGUGUUCACGUGGAUAUUGUGGAAAUGGAACCCACUGCACAGAUGUGAAUGAGUGUCUAACAGGACUUCACAGCUGCGAUGAGAAUGCUCGCUGUGGAAACACGAUGGGCUCGUACUUCUGCCAGUGCCGCCAGGGCUAUACUGGAGACGGCCACUCCUGCUAUGAUAUAGACGAGUGCACAAUAAAAAAUGAUCUUUGUGGUCAUCAUUGUGCCAACCAACCAGGAUCAUACAGCUGUGUAUGCAAUGCAGGGUACACACUAACAGAGGACCUACACAACUGCACAGACAUUGAUGAGUGUGCUAAUGGAAAUAGAACAUGCAAGCAACUAUGCACCAACACACCCGGAUCCUUCGUCUGUUCCUGUCAUUCAGGAUACCAGCUGCACAUCGACAAACAGAGCUGUGUUGACAUAGAUGAAUGCAAACUUCAGAAUGGGGGCUGUUCUCAUGGAUGCACAAACACACCUGGGGGACACAUAUGUCACUGCCCACCUCCACUGCUGCUGGAUCAUCUCAACACCACCUGCGUCAACAUUACCUCUUGUGCUUGGCGGAAUGGAGGCUGUGAUCAGAUAUGCUCUCUGGGAGCUGAGGGACAUGUUCAGUGCCUCUGUAGAGAGGGUUGGGAGCUGGACAUAGACCAAAGAACAUGUCUUGAUGUGGAUGAGUGUAUGAAGUUUAAUGGGGGUUGUGAGCAGGUGUGUUUGAAUCAUGCUGGCAGUUUUAACUGUACCUGCAAGCCUGGGUUUGAACCUCGCACAGAUGAUCCAAGCAAAUGCCAACCGGUUUGUGAACCUACCUGCCUUAAUAAUGGAUUGUGUGUAGCACCUAACACUUGCGACUGCCCUCCAGGCUACCCAGGACAUGUAUGCUCAGCUAUGUGCUCGCCACCCUGUGCUCAUGGAGGAACCUGUAUGCGUUGGAACACUUGUCUCUGUCCCCCUGGCUGGACUGGAGAGGGUUGCCACACAGCUGUGUGUGAGCUGCCAUGUGGAAAUGGUGGUCGAUGUGUAGCUCCUGACAGUUGCCAAUGUCCAUCUGAUUACACCGGUCUGCAGUGUCUCACUCCUGUCUGCACUCCUCCUUGUCUAAAUGGUGGAAGGUGUGUGGAUGUCAACACCUGCAGUUGUGCUGGAGCCUGGAAAGGAGCGCGCUGUCAGAUAGAGCCUGUGCAGUGUGAAACGCCAUGUAAGAAUGGUGGAGGGUGUGUGGGACUCAACAGAUGUCGGUGCAGUAGUGGCUUCACAGGGAACCUUUGUGAAACAGGUGUCACUAUACCCUGUGUGCCACCCUGCCAGCAUGGUGCCACCUGCAGCCCUCAUAACACUUGCACCUGCCCAGCAGGAACCAGCGGCCUGCGAUGUGAGAAACUUACAUGCCCAGUGGUGACAACAGUAGUCAGCAUGGCCCGAGCUGUACGGAAAGGAGUUCGAGAGAGUUAUGUUGAUCGCUGUGGACCAUUGGGGGUGCAACUCUGCACCAAGUACAGGAUAAAUCAGGCACGUGUAUAUUUGCAGGCAUACAGAGUGGGUUACAAGAUCCAGUGUCCCAGUAAAGAGGGAAUAUAAUCUACACAAAUCAAACUAUACAGAAUUUCACCAUUGAUACACAAUUGUUCUACAAACACACACAUGUACAUUUACUUAAAACAUACAAUAUUAUACAACCCAUAGAUGGCCGAAUAUAUAUAUUGAAAAAAGGCUUUCGACAAUUUUUAGGCAUAGGGGCACAGUCAUGCUGAAACAAAAAAAUGCCACCGGUGUGGCUAAAACCCCUGAAAUCAAGUUUUUUAAUCUUUGCCAUUUUACUGGUAUGAGACUGGGACUCAUUUUUGAGUCCUAAGUGUAUUUACAUUUACAAAAUACAAUCAAAGUGUUCAGUUAAAACAUUA